GUUGGGGAAGGGAAUGAGGACCUUUUGCGGCCGUCGCCAUGGCGGCGGGAAGAGAAACCGACGAACAGCUGACCGAGUAUGAGAAGCAGCGGCUGUCGCGGAUACGCGAAAACGAGGCCCGCCUCGAGGCCCUGGGCCUCCGCAGCCUCGCAGCUUCCCCUCUCCUCCGCAACCCGUCGCCGGGGGCGGCAAAGGGGAAGCAGAAGAAGCGGUCCGCCGACGAGGACGAGGAGUACGUCCCGUCCGAUAGCGGCGGCGUUGAGGAGGACGACGAGAGCUCGUCGGAGAGCGCGCAAGACGAAGAGGUGGAGGGAGAGGGGAAAUCAGCUUCUAGGUCACGCGCCAAGGGAAAGAAAAAGAAAUUGUCAAAAUCUGGUAAAUCUACAAAGAGCACACCUACCAAGGGUAGUGCUUCUUUGGCUGAUGUGGUGGAUGAUGAUGCAGCCUUACAGCAGGCAAUUGCUCUCUCCCUGGCGGAAUAUUCAGAAAAGCCAGCGACUGCAUUGGGUGCAGAAACAUCAAGCACAGUAACAGGAGCGAGUGAAAGUACUCCACACAAGAACAACAGCAAAGCAUCGGUUCACGACACAGCUAAGAACAAGAAGAUUAAAAAGCUGGGUAAGAGCAGGAUUCAGCUGACAGAAGAUGAUGUGGUUGCAUUCUUCUUCUCAUUUGACGAAGUUGGUAAAGGAUAUAUUACGCCAUGGGAUCUUGAAAGAAUGGCUACAAUAAAUGAUUUCAUCUGGACAGAUUCUGAGAUAUCUAAGAUGAUCCGUUGCUUUGAUAGUGACAGUGAUGGAAAGAUAAACCUCGAGGAUUUCCGCAGCAUUGUAUCUCAAUGCAACAUGUUGCAGGAGCAUGAGAAGUGAGGAUGAUGUUGCUGGUCUGAAGAUGCUUGUACUAUAGUUAUGCAUGGUCCAGCCUGUGACAUUGCAUCAACAUUACUGGCAUAGCGGGCGGACAUAGAGUGAGUCAAUGAAACCCAUUUGUGUUUCCCUUUUAGCCAUUGAACAUAACCUUUGUUGUUGGAGCUUGUCAAAGUCCAUUUGACCAGGGAUUUUAUGAUUCUACAUGACUGUUCCUCCGUGUAAACAAACAGAUUCUGAAAAUCACAGUUGCUGCAAUCGUAGCUUUUAAAGUUUUUUUUUAA